AUGCAUUCAAAGACAGAUCCAAAUGACUACGAGAAAAUUCUGUCAGAGCUUGACGACAGCAUUCAAAAGGCACAAAUCAGACUAUCUGACAUCAAGAUUCGCGAACGCCGAACAGGUGUCUUGCUUGUCAUCUACAGUGCCAUCUUGUGGCUAGUCUAUGUCGCCUACUGUUUCUUCACUCUUCACAGCCACGACAGCACCUAUGAGACGGUCGCACUCACUAUUGCACCAGUUGUUGUACUUCCGGUUGUGCUCUAUUAUACCCGUAUCUUAGUUCGUUGGGUAUACACGCGACGACAAAGCAAUGAAGAAGCGCGAUUAACAACUCUUAGAGCUCAACAAAAGCUAAAGGUUGAAGAGCUCAAAAAGUCUACUGCUUACUAUACAACAAAGUCACUUUUGGAACGUUAUGAUGGAAAAAAGGAAGAGAACAGAAUGCCAGGCAACCAAGGAUUUCCCGGACAGGAUCUCCGACCUCAUCAGGUACAAAACCUGACUAAUGGACCACAAUCACAGCCGCAACAACAGCAACAGCAACAACAACAGCAACAACAAAUGACUUUCCGCCCCCAACAGCCCGCACAACCCCAGUGGUAUGAUAAAUUAGUAGAUGCAUUGGUUGGCGAAGACACUCCAGAAACAAAAUAUGCUCUGAUUUGUGGUCAUUGCUUUGCUCACAACGGGCUUGCUCUUGCUCAGGAGAUUGAAGUAAUCCAAUACACUUGUCCCAACUGUAAGAAGUUCAACCCUUCUCGUCGGUCCAGACAGCUUCAUCCCGGAGGACCUGUUAUGCCAACUAGAUCUCCUUCACCCGAUCCAUUUAGCCAGAGAGGCUCUUCGCCUGCACCAUCAAUCGAUAGUUCUCACCACGAUGGCACCAGUUCAAUUCCUAAAGUAUCUCAUGAAGUUACCGAAGAUCACCCUAAUCAUGAACACUCUAUUGAACAGAAUGGAUCAUAA